UAUAGAUGACGGUGCAACCGUCUAUGAGCCAGCAAUCAUACCAGCCACAACCUAGUUAUGCUCAUCCAAUGAUGGGUCCGAUGGGCGGCCAAUAUGGGACGCCCUAUGGCAUGACAAUGGGUACCAUGGGACCGGUAAUGGGCAUGCCAACUUCUGCUAGAGAUCCGCGUGCACCAAUGAAUAAACAGCCAAGUGAGUUGAGCUUGGGCUCUGCAGAACCCAAUGCCAUCUCUAUCCCAAACUCACUACCGACGGCCAAUGUCGACCCAUUACCAAAAGACCAAUCUUUGGAAGAUGGUGUGUUAGAUCUUAUUAGCGGAGGUUCACGAUCAACGACGCCGACAUCGUCUUUAUUAACUAGAAAAAGCCCAACUAUGGAUCAAGGUAUUCAAGUAGGACAUCAGCAGCAACAGCAGCAGCAGCAAGGUGGUAAUGUCGGCAAGCUUGGCGAAAAGACUAAUAUGAGAACUAUCCAACCUGCUCGGCGCGAUCAUGAUAGACGUUCUCCCUUCCCGCAUAGUGGUAAUAAACCUGGAGGACCUGUGUCGCAGUAUAAUGAGGGAAAACGUGAUCCGAUGAAACAAGAUGGUCAAUUGCAAGGUCAAGGUAAUCAUUCGCAAAGCAACCGAGGGAAUCGCGGCGGCUGGAUAAAUCGUGGAAAUAUGCGACCUAGGGGAAGGGGAGGCCGAGGCGGUUUCAGGAACCCGCCUGGUAAUACAGGUGCCAAGCCGAAGAAUACGCUGAAAUUUGAUAAUGACUAUGAUUUCGAGCAAGCCAAUACCGAGUUCGAGGAACUGAGAUCUCAGUUAGCGAAAACGAAGAUUGAUGCUGGUGCUGAUAACGAAAAGAAGGACGAUAGUGGUAAUGAGACUGGAGCAGGCGAAGGUGAACCCGAGGAGGAGCCUGAGAUAGUUCAUUACGAUAAGUCUAAAUCGUUCUUCGACAAUAUCAGCUGUGAAGCUGUCGAAAGGAGUAAAGGACGGUUCCAGCGUACAGACUGGAGGACUGAGCGCAAGUUGAACUCUGAAACGUUCGGUGUAGCGUCUACAAGACGCGGUGGUUUUCGUGCUCGCGGUUAUUACAAUCGUGGAAUGGGAGGCAUGUAUCGAGGUGGUGGUGGUGCUGGUGGUUCUGGUUUCCGAGGUGGUUACAAAGGACCGAGAGGUGGUAAUCGUAAACCCGGCAAUCAGCAGCAACAGACAAAUCCUGGAAGCCAACCUCGCACGACCAACGAACAAUCCGCUACUCAAUCGCAACAGAAUAGUCGCGUCGUAUCUUAUUGAAUGGAACGUCGUGCUGCUAUGUAUAAGUAUUCACUUUAGAUUAAGAUUUUUACGAUACGCGGUCUUCCCUUAUGUAGUAAUAAGAUUCAGAGCACGUUUGCGUAAAAAUCUUAAUCUAGUCUAUUCAAGUUUGAUAGGAGAUCGAUGGUUUGUAGAAGAAAGAAUAUUGGUAAGAAAAAUGAUAUGAAAGGAUCAGAAGUUCUUUGACAGAACUUCAUUGUGAAUUUUUUUGUAUAUCAAAUGAAAACGUGGGACACUAAUCCAUACUUUACAAAUCCUGCGUUUAGAAUUUUGUGGACAAAUAAAUACGAAUCAUUGUGAUCGGUAGAGUUAAUUUUGAAAAAUCUCGAUAUUUAGAGAUAUGUCCUACGAAUUAAAGAAUCAUGGAAUGCUUAUGAAUGUAACUAAGUACAAUAUACACUGGACAGUAGAAUAUUUGCAAGCGAAACUUGUGCGAAGUGGCAAGUUUGAAAUUUUUAGUUACACAGUUUUGAAUACUACUAAUUAGCUCGGCAAGCAUGCAACUGUAUGAUUAAGAGAGGAAUCUCAAAGAAAUUUUUGUAAAAUGAGAAAAUAGCAUGAGUCGAUUUUAAGAAAGAUUGUAUAAAGAAAGAAAAGUGACUACGUAAUUAUAAUAUUUCGUGUUGCAUGAGUUAUGGAUCCUUUCAAACGAGGCACAUGAAACGCUAAAUGUUUUUUAUAGCUUCUUGCGAAUAAAAGUAAAAUCGAAAAAAAAUUUAGCAAGGGGAAACAAUGGAACAUGCGUAAAUCGCAGAAUAGUAAUAGGACAAUAUGUUAUGAUUAUUUCGAACAGUCAAAACUUUAUUUAUUUGAGAUGAUGACCGUGUAUAUGAAUUAUGAGAUAAUUAUUUUACUCACGUGUUUGCCAGGAGGUUUUGAUUUUUCGAACAGGAACUUUGAAUCGUUCCUUAGAAACGGGAAAGGGAAAAAUACAAAAAAAAGAUAUUGAUUUCGUAUGAUUAAAUGAGAUACACUUGUGCGAAGCCGAAUCGUACAUCGACCGUAUUGACUAUUAGUUUUUGAAAUAUUGAACGUGGUAUGCUAGCGGAGGUGAAAAUGGAAUAGUGCGCGUGCCUUCUUGUAGUUCGACUGCGUUUAAUAGCUUGCAAUUUUCGAUGAAAUACUUUGAUGUACGAGGACGCUGUGUGCUGAUCGCGAGAGUAAAACUCUAGAAAAUCAUGAUAAUGUCCUUAAAGAUGUAAGACGCGAAAAUAAGAAGAAUAGGUAUAUUAUUUGCGACUGUUAUUUUCUUAUGGCUCACAUGGAGUCCCAUGCGUAUACAGAUAUAUACAGAACAUGAGAUUUAGUUAUAUAUAAGUCAAAGGAACCUCCAUAAGCUAUCAGUAAAGUUGCGAAGUAAGGUAAAACUACAAAAAAAAAUAAAAAAAAAGUAUAAAGCAUAUAUGAGUAAAGAUAAGUAAACUAUAGGAAGAAAUAUGGGGGAAAGAAAAAAAGGAUAUAACUUUUAAGUUUUAUGCAUUGUACGUGUAAAGAAAUGCACGGUAUAUGCGGUUUUCCGGAUGAUAAGUUUUUGUUUUGUACAGCAGAUAUUGUGAUUUCCAAUUGCUGAAUAAUACUGAAGUAAUAAAAUAA